CUCUGGGGCCACCGCAGCAGCGCCACUCAGCUAGGCGCCCAGCCUUUGCCCGCGUGGUGCACCGCCCGCCCGCCCAAUACCCGUGCGGGGCCGCCCGCUGCAGACUCGGGGCGGACCAUGCGCCCGCCGCCCACCACCUGGCUAUAUGCACUGGCCGGCAUCCUAGCCUGCGCCCUCGGCCCCGCGGGUGGCCAGGCAGCCGGGCUACAGCGAAAGGAGUGCAUGUUUCUGCAGAAGAUCGAGAUGGACCACAAGCAGUGCCUACAGGACGCCCAGCUGGAGAAUGAGACAGCAGGCUGCAGCAAGAUGUGGGACAACCUCACCUGCUGGCCGGCCACCCCUCGGGGCCAGGUGGUCGUCUUGGACUGUCCCCUUAUCUUCACGCUCUUUUCUUCCAGUCAAGGCCUCAACGUGAGCCGCAGCUGCACUGAAGAGGGCUGGACACACCUGGAGCCUGGCCCCUACCCUGUUGCCUGUGGCUUCGAUGACAAGGCAUUGAGUUUGAAUGAGCAGCAGACAUUGUUCUACAGUUCUGUGAAGACAGGCUACACCAUCGGCUACAGCCUGUCCCUUGCGGCCCUUCUGAUCGCCAUGGCUAUCCUGAGCUUGUUCAGGAAGCUCCACUGCACCCGGAACUACAUCCACAUGCACCUCUUCAUGUCCUUCAUCCUGAGGGCUACCGCUGUCUUCAUCAAAGACUUGGCCCUCUUCGACAGCGACAGCGGGGAGUCAGACCACUGCUCUGUAGGAUCGGUGGGCUGUAAGGCAGCCGUGGUCUUAUUCCAGUACUGUGUCAUGGCCAACUUCUUUUGGCUGCUGGUGGAGGGACUCUACCUGCACACCCUGCUCGCCAUCUCCUUCUUCUCCGAGCGGAAGUACUUCUGGGGGUACAUACUCAUCGGCUGGGGGGUACCCAGCACCUUCACCAUGGUGUGGACCAUCAUCAGGAUCCAUUUUGAGGAUGAUGGGUGCUGGGACACCAUCAACUCUUCAUUAUGGUGGAUCAUAAAGGCCCCCAUCCUCACCUCCAUCUUGGUGAACUUCAUCCUGUUUAUUUGCAUCAUCCGAAUCCUGGUUCAGAAACUGCGGCCCCCAGAUGUCGGGAAGAGUGAUAGCAGCCCAUACUCGAGGCUGGCCAAGUCCACACUCCUGCUGAUCCCCCUGUUUGGGGUCCACUACAUCAUGUUCGCCUUCUUCCCUGACAACUUUAAGACUGAAGUGAAAAUAGUCUUUGAGCUCGUCGUGGGGUCUUUCCAGGGUUUUGUGGUGGCUGUCCUCUACUGCUUCCUCAAUGGUGAGGUGCAGGCUGAGCUGCGAAGGAAAUGGCACGGGCACCUGCAGGGCAUCCUGGGCUCAAACCCCAAAUACCAGCACCCGUCGGGAGUCAGCAACUGCGCCACAAGCAGCACUCAGGUCUCCAUGCUGACCCGCCUCAGCCCAGAUGUGCGCCGCUCCUCCAGCUUCCAAGCCGAAGUCUCCCUGGUCUGACCACUAGGCGCCCAGGGGCCCAGGACGGCCCUCCCGACCCUACCCACCCCAGGUGGCGCAGGGGGUAGAGGCCUGCCCGUCCGGGGCUAGCCUCAGCUGUGGGUUUGGAGUCUGCUCUGGCCACCAAGUCACUGUCCGGACUUCCUUGGGAAGCGCAGCCCUUGUGCCUGCCUGGGGAAUAGAGGGUGCAUACAUAGGAGAGCCAAAGAAGAGGUGGGAUCAUGUCCCCUGCAGGACAUGGGGUGGAAAUCAGUCAUCAGACUCCUCCUCCAAAGGCCCCCUCUGCCAAUCAAGGGCAGGAAAUCU